CUUGUUUCAUCUAUUUUUAGGACUGAGGAAGAAGAGAGGCUGGUUGGGGCUUGUUACUGUGCAAAAAUUGAUGAUCUCCUCCUGAAGUCAGAUUUUGUGAUGAUAGUAGUAAGCUUGACUCCUCAAACUUCCAAAAUGAUUGGGGAAAGAGAGCUCAGUCUAAUGAAACCCAACGCUACUCUCAUUAAUAUCUCCCGUGGUGGAGUGAUUGAUCAGGACACUUUAGUGAAAGCGCUUCAGAAUGGGGUUAUUCGUGCAGCAGCACUAGAUGUCUCUGAACCAGAGCCCCUCCCGAGGAAUCAUCCUUUACUACACUUACCAAAUAUCAUUCUGACUCCCCAUAUUGGAGCUGCUACUGAAAAGACCACUCGUGAAAUGCUGGAGAUAAUGAUUGAAAAUGCUGUGGCUGCUGUUCGUGGAUUUCCGAUGCCUGACGAAGUGCUGCUGCCAUGAUGGCUAUAAGCAGUAGAGAUUUUGUGAUGCUUUGAUACUAAUACAUUGUAGGAAUCACCACCUCAACAUCAAUUCAUUAAAAACAAGAAUGUCAACA